AAGCGGGGCCCGCGGGCCCAUGAGGAGGCCCGGGGACCAUGGGCUCCAGGAUCAAGCAAAAUCCAGAGACCACGUUUGAAGUGUAUGUCGAAGUGGCCUAUCCUAGGACAGGUGGCACUCUUUCAGAUCCUGAGGUGCAGAGGCAAUUCCCGGAGGACUACAGUGACCAGGAAGUUCUACAGACUUUGACCAAGUUUUGUUUCCCCUUCUAUGUGGACAGCCUCACAGUUAGCCAAGUUGGCCAGAACUUCACGUUCGUGCUCACUGACAUUGACAGCAAACAGAGAUUCGGGUUUUGCCGCUUAUCUUCAGGAGCGAAGAGCUGCUUCUGUAUCUUAAGCUAUCUCCCCUGGUUCGAGGUAUUUUAUAAGCUACUUAACAUCUUGGCAGAUUACACGACAAAAAGACAGGAAAAUCAGUGGAAUGAGCUUCUUGAAACUCUGCACAAACUUCCCAUCCCUGACCCAGGAGUGUCUGUUCAUCUCAGCGUGCAUUCUUAUUUUACUGUGCCUGAUACCAGAGAACUUCCCAGCAUACCUGAGAAUAGAAAUCUGACAGAAUAUUUUGUGGCUGUGGAUGUAAACAACAUGUUGCAUCUGUACGCCAGUAUGCUCUACGAACGCCGGAUCCUCAUCAUUUGCAGCAAACUCAGCACUUUAACGGCCUGCAUCCACGGAUCUGCCGCGAUGCUCUACCCCAUGUACUGGCAGCACGUGUACAUCCCCGUGCUGCCGCCGCAUCUGCUGGACUACUGCUGUGCUCCCAUGCCCUACCUCAUAGGAAUCCAUUUAAGUUUAAUGGAGAAAGUCAGAAACAUGGCCCUGGAUGAUGUCGUGAUCCUGAACGUGGACACCAACACCCUGGAAACCCCCUUUGAUGACCUCCAAAGCCUCCCAAACGAUGUGAUUUCUUCACUGAAGAACAGGCUGAAGAAGGUCUCCACGACCACUGGUGAUGGUGUGGCCAGAGCGUUCCUCAAGGCCCAGGCGGCUUUCUUUGGGAGCUACCGAAACGCUCUGAAAAUCGAGCCGGAGGAGCCGAUCACCUUCUGUGAGGAAGCCUUCGUGUCCCACUAUCGCUCCGGAGCCAUGCGGCAGUUCCUGCAGAACGCCACGCAGCUGCAGCUCUUCAAACAGUUUAUUGAUGGUCGAUUAGACCUUCUCAAUUCUGGUGAAGGUUUCAGUGAUGUUUUUGAAGAGGAAAUCAACAUGGGCGAGUAUGCUGGCAGUGAUAAACUCUACCAUCAAUGGCUCUCCACAGUCCGGAAAGGAAGUGGAGCAAUUCUGAAUACUGUAAAAACAAAAGCAAAUCCGGCCAUGAAGACUGUCUACAAGUUCGCAAAAGAUCAUGCAAAAAUGGGAAUAAAAGAGGUGAAAAACCGCUUGAAGCAAAAGGACAUCACUGAGAAUGGCUGUGCCCCCACCCCAGAAGAGCAGCUGCCAAAGACUGCACCGUCCCCACUGGUAGAGGCCAAGGACCCCAAGCUCCGGGAAGACCGGCGGCCAAUCACAGUCCACUUUGGACAGGUGCGCCCGCCCCGUCCGCACGUUGUGAAGAGACCGAAGAGCAACAUCACAGUGGAAGGGCGGCGGACAUCGAUCUCGAGCCCCGAGCAGCCACAGCCCUAUCGGACACUCAAGGAGUCCGACAGCGCGGAUGGCGACGAGGUGGAGAGUCCGGAGCAGCGAGCGCGGAAGCCCUUGGGCCCUGCCCCCGCUGCACCUGACCGGGCUGCCAGCAUCGACCUUCUGGAAGACGUCUUCAGCAGCCUGGACGUGGAGGCCCCCCUGCAGCCGCUGGGCCAGGCUAAGAGCUUGGAGGACCUUCGGGCCCCCAAAGACCUGAGGGAGCAGCCAGGGACCUUUGACUAUCAGAGGCUGGACCUGGGCAGGAGCGAGAGGAGCUACGGGAUGAUGGUGGCCUUGAAGCUUGCCCACCCCUACAACAAGCUGUGGAGCCUGGGCCAGGACGACAUGGCCAUCCCCAGCAAGCCCCCAGCUGCCUCCCCUGAGAAGCCCUCGGUCCUGCUCGGGAACUCCCCAGCCCUGCCCCGAAGACCCCAGAACCGGGACAGCAUCCUGAACCCCAGUGACAAGGAGGAGGUGCCCACCCCCACUCCAGGCAGCAUCACCAUUCCCCGGCCCCAGGGCAGGAAGACCCCGGAGCUGGGCAUCGUGCCUCCACCGCCCACUGCCCGCCCAGCCAAGCUCCAGGCUGCCAGCACCCCACUCGGUGACUUCUCAGAGCGGCUACAGGUGGAUCGGGAGAAGAGAGCCACCCUGAGCCCAGCCCUAUUCCCAGGGCUCCUCCCCAGUGUUGCUCCCCAAGGCCCCACCGAACUGCUCCAGCCGCUCAGCCCGGCCCCAGGGCCUGUGGGCACCGACAGCGACGCCCUGCUUGCUCUCCUGGACCCACUUAACACAGCCUGGCCAGGCAGCACCCUUCCACCAUGCCCUGUUGCCCCAAAUGUAGCCACCCCAUUCACCCCCCAGUUCAGCUUUCCCCCUGCAGGGACCCCCGCCCCAUUCCCACAGCCACCACUCAACCCCUUUGUCCCAUCCAUGCCAGUGGCCCCGCCUGCCCUGCCCCUGGCCUCCACACCAGCAGGGCCUUUCGGGGCCCCUCCGGCCUCCCUGGGGCCGGCUUUUGCGCCUGGCCUCCUGCUGUCCGGUGCUGGCUUCUGCACCCCUCACAGGUCUCAGCCCAACCUGUCCGCCCUCUCUAUGCCCAACCUCUUCGGCCAGAUGCCCAUGGGCGCCCAGACCAGCCCCCUGCAGCCGCUGGGGCCCCCAGCCGUUGCACCCUCGAGGAUCCGAACGUUGCCCCUGCCCCGCUCCAGUGCCAGGGCUGCUGAGGCCAAGCAGGGGCUGGCCCUGAGGCCAGGAGACGCCCCACUCCUGCCUCCCAGACCCCCCCAGGGCCUGGAGCCAGCGCUGCAGCCCUCUGCUCCUCAACAGGCCAGAGACCCCUUUGAGGAUUUGUUACAGAAAACCAAGCAAGACGUGAGCCCGGCCCCAGCCCCAGGCUCAGUGGAGCAGCUCAGGAAGCAGUGGGAGACCUUCGAGUGAGCCAGGCCCUGAGGGCAAGCGAGCCAAGCCUGAGUGUGCGUCGCCCGCUGCUGUGGCUCCAAGGCUCCCCUGCCGCUGGUUCUGUCCAGGUUCUGCUGGUGGACAGGGACGGGACCCCUCUCUGCCACCCCCGACGCCCUGGUCUCCACACCCACUGCCUAUCUCUGAGGUGAGGGAACGGCGCCAGUUCUGGCCUAGGACUCAACCCAGCCCCCGGGCACCCGUCCCACCCGGCCGCGGCCCCUCAGCACCCCAACUGGGUUUUGCACUAAAGAGGUCAGUCAGCCAGGCCAGUGAUUGCCCAGACCACGUCCUACCCUCCUUCCCUCUGGAAAUAUCCCACAGGGCUCCUCAAAGCCUCUCCUCCUGAGCCCAGCUCUCCUGUCCCUGCCGCAGCCCAGCCCUGCACACCCCACCUGCACGGGCACAGGCGUCAGUGUUACCCCCAAGUGGGCUCGUCUGCACGAGACACAGGUGAUUCGGGCGUUUGAAGUCAGGACUGCUCCUGGGUGGAGGAUCUACCUGGUGGGGCAUUUCCAAACCCUCUCUAGCAAUAUGCACAUGCGUUCUUUCCUGAGUCUUCACCCCAACCCCAAACUUCAGUUGUUCUGGCCUGGUAGGAUCUGGGGGCCAAAGGAUCUUGGGUUCCCCUUUGACAGCCAAACCCAGCCCCUGCUACCCUGCAUGGGGGCCGGGCACCAGCAACUCUGAUUUGUGGAAGAAAAAUAGAAACCCACAAAUCUCAGUGAGUUAGGAGGAAUCCUCAGCCCUCAUCCAGCCCUCUGUCACUCUGAUACUUCCAGUUCUCCUUGUCUCUCCUGUCACCAUCAAAGCUGGGCUCAGCCUAUUAUCACUUGGGGCUUCGUGGGCAAAGCUGAGAAGCAACGAUCCAGAUUUCAACUCGAAGACCAAGUUUAACGUCACAGAUUGACAUGGGAGUCCUGGCUCCCUGGGCUGGGACAGGGCGGUGGCCCUGGGCCCCUUCUCCAGGGUCCCAGUGGUCUAGAGGCUCCUUUCAGCCUGAACGCAGGAGCAGCUCCAGAAGCCUGUCUCUCCCCACCUGUCCCGAGCUUCUGGCCAGCACAGCAAUUCCUGAGGCCAACGUCACCAAAGUUAGAUUGAAAUGUCUUGUUAUUGUUUCUUUUAUCUUUCUUUUCCUUUUUACCUUAUUGAUUUGAUGAAUCUUGAAAUUGAUUCAUUUCCAUAAAGCAAGUUAAAGUAUGGCCCAACCAUUUAAGAAAACAACCAUCUGAGACAUGCAGGAAAUUGUGAGCAUUUUGACCUGAUUUCUCAUUUCCUAUUUGUGAAUGGUCAGACACACAGUCUACACUGGGUGUCUGAUGGAGCCAAGGGGGUCCCUGGAGGUCCCUGUCACCCCAGGGAGCCCCCUGUGUGUCUGAGAGGCUGCUGUGCGUGCUGAGGCCUGAUGGCCCGUCCAGCACACAGCCCUUCCAGGGUCCGCUGUGGCCCACCUGGGCAGGUCUUUUCUUACCAUCUGGUGAGUGUUCUCUGGCUGCCGGGGGAGCCGUGUCAUG